UCCUUUAACUGUGACAUUUGUGUUGCAGCCAGUUUCACCUCGCUCUAUAACGUGGGCAAGUUGCUGGGACAAGGAGGCUGUGGGUCCGUCUAUGAGGGAACACGAAAGGAAGAUGGGAGAGAAGUAAUCAUCCCUCCCUCUCUUUCCUCCCUCUUUAGAUCUGUCCAUCCACAGCAUAAGACAUUACCACAAUUAUGUUGAUUAUUCACAACGUGCUUCUCCCUUCUCCGUCACUCAGGUCGCCAUUAAGUACAUCCCUAAGGGUGUAUCGGAGUACUACCUUACAAUUCCUGGAACAACGCACAGGCUGCCCCUGGAGGUUGCCCUGAUGCAGAUCGUGUCGCGGCCCCCUGUCUGUGAACACGUGCUGGAGCUGGUGGAUUGGUUCGAGCAGCCCAGGAAGUUCAUCCUGGUCCUGGAGCGUCCCACCUCCUGCAUGGACCUGUACGACUACUGUGAGACGAUGGGUGGGAAGCUCAACGAGGCCAUGGCGAGGGUCAUCAUGCUCCAGGUGGUUCUGGCGGUACGGCACUGCCGCGACCGCGGCGUCAUCCACCGCGACAUCAAAGUGGAGAACCUGCUGGUGCAGACGGACACUCUGAACGUCAAGCUCAUCGACUUCGGCUGCGGGGAUCUGCUGAGGGAGAAACUCUUCAGGGACUUUGCUGGCACUACUGAGUUCUCCCCCCCUGAGUGGGUUCUGGAUGGAAAGUACCAGGGGCGCAAAGCCACCAUCUGGUCCCUGGGUGUGCUUCUGUUUGGCCUGGUCAACGGUGACCUGCCCUUCAGGAAGGAGGCCGAAAUCAUCCGAGGACGCCUGCGCUUCAAGAGAGGGAUCUCCAAAGAAUGCAGAGACCUGGUCCGCUGGUGCCUCAAGCAAGACCCUCUGAAGAGGCCCGUUCUGGAGCAGAUCCUCCUGCACGACUGGCUGUCGGACCGGGCUCGCCCCUAAGUCCGUGUCCGUUGCAAAUGCCAUAAGAAAUACUGAUAUGAAAUACAUUUAUUACAGUGUCAUCAAACAAUGUCAUGUCGCAUAUUUUAAGUCAUACCUAUCAGAUCUUUUACAAAAUCCAUUUAUCCAUUCUGUAACUGACAGCUCUUGUUUGUUACUCUCGGUUUUUUCUUUGCAGGUUCUAUAGCGAUGUAAGCAAAUUCAGGAGGGUAGGGGUGGGAACUUGGAGUGGGGAGAGAUUUUGGUCAUUUGGAAUUAGUAGCUGUUAGUACCAAAAACAACAUCCCCUUUUAUGGUACUUAACUGGACAAUUGGGUCUUAAAAUUCUUUCGUGUUCAAAACCAAACCCUCCUCCAACAGAAUUAGCCAAAGACAGCAUCGAAAAAGAAGAAGGAAGAAGAGGACACCAAAAAUCACCUGAUAUCACAUUUGAUCUGCGCAACCAACUGGGAAUGAGGACUGAAAUUCAAAGCAGCUCUCCAGGGAACAAUUUUGCAGAACAUGAAGGGACACUCCAAUUGUAGAUAGGACCUUCAAAACAAUGCUGAGUUCUUACCCUCCUUUUGUGCUGCAAGGGCUUGAAGAGAGAUUGUAACAGGGAUAAUGCUUGGAGAUUUUGCUACUCUGAUGAGAGAAAAUAUGUUUUUUAUUCAACCCCUGUACAACAUCUUACCUUCGCCUUUGAGCUGAUGUUGACAAAGGGAGGAUACAGAAACUCUCCAUAGAAUAACAACUUUAGGUUCCCCUAGACUGCACUGAGCCAGCUACCACUGUUCUAGUACUGAGCUUGAAGAGAACAACAGCCGAACUGGUAGGAAACUCCAACAGGAAGAGACCUUCAGAAAGACACCGCUGAGACCAGGUCUGACCUCCUCUGCUGCAAGGGCUUGAAGAGAGAUAGUACUCGAGGGGAGUGAAUUCCAAUCGACCCCUUUACAGCAUAUUACUUUCACCUUUCAGUGUCUCCCGAGUGGUGCAGCGGUCUAAGGCACUGCAUCACAGUGUAA